AUGGAGACCUUACUAGAAAAAAAGAAUCCUAAAAUGAAAAAACUAUUACCUAUUGUAUUCCCUAAGACUUAACAAGUUGACAGUAUAGAAUAUGCUAUUCCUAAGAAUUAGUUAAUGAGUUUGCAUACACUGCAUAUGAAACAUAGAAUAUACAAUUGGCAAUUCCUCCAAAAAAGGUCUCAAUUCCUAUCGUAAUUGUCAAUGUGUAGGACUAAUUAAUACGUAAGUCGUACAUUGCAAAAAAAAAACUCAUCUUCAGUGCAAGAUGCAACCAUUAAUGCACCUAAUAAAUAUGUAAAUGCAUUAAAGGUUCCUAAAUAAAUUACAAAACCCAUCCUGAAAUUUGAUAUGAUGGCAUCCACAAAAAGUAGAGCAAAUGGAGAGAUAAAGUGGCUGAUUCCGAAUUGCAUUGGAUAAAUAAAAGUUAAGUUAGCCUAAAAAAUUCUUUCUCAAAAUCACAUACUUAGUUAUAAAUGUUGUAUGUUAUGUUCUUCCCUGCAAUCUAAAACGAAUAACAGAGCAUACAGAAAAAACAACAAUAAAUUAGCUUACCUAUGUGUUCAAACUUUUUUUGUUUAUCUAUCUCAGUUUAUUCAAGCAUUCUUAUUUUACAGUAAUUUAACUUAAAAUUGA